GGUUGCGUUGAGGUACGCUAGACAAUACGUGUAGGUUUAUAUAACGUAGCUUGCGUGUGUUAAGUAGACAUAAAUAGCUUAGCAUAAUUUAUGCGUACAGUGAUUUUCGUCUGGAAGUACGGCGCUUGCUCUAGUUGAUGUUUCAUGGUGUGUCUCGUGAUCUCGAAAAUUAAAAAGAGCUAUCAUCACCAGCGUAUCAUAUGUCUUUACACGCUGACUAUUCACCAAUGAUGGAGACGGACUCAAAGCCGCAAGUGUUUGUGACUUCGGAAUCAAAGCGUUUUUCCCCUGGUAGCGUUCGUUGUCGGUUCCUUGUUAUAUUUGUUGCAGCUCUCGGAAUUAUCGCAUUAACUUUGAUCAUCUUGCAGUUCGUCGUUCACAAAAACACCAACACAAAGACGACCAAACUUCCAGAUGUUGCUUGCACUGGCGAUUGCACAAUUACCCUUGUUGAAAGCAUUCCCGAAAACGUGGCUUUUCCUAAAGGUUCAAUUCAUAACCCUUCCAUUUACAGCGGGUGGAAGAACCUGCUGAAGAUGGCAACCAAAGAGAUCGACAUAGCGUCGUUUUACUGGACGCUGCGAGGAGAUGAUACCAACACCUCUGACCCGAGCACUAAGCAGGGGGAGGAUGUGUUUCAGAGCUUGGAGGCUGCUGCUGAACGAGGUGGGCCGUAAAAAAUCGCGUGAAACUUACAUGUUUGUUUCACGUGGUCAGCCACUAUACAAACUUCUUGGAAAAAGAAAGUUUUUGUGGUUAUUGUUUUUAUGUAAAUCAAUCCAGGUGUAGUUAAUUGAUAAACCAAUAAUCGAUAACCAUCGUUAGUAAUUGAUAUCAAUCAUCAAUGAAAUAUCGAUUUCUGAUAUCUGCAAUAAUUGCAGAUAUCAGAAAUCGAUAUUUCUAUCAAUUAUUGAUAGAAAUCAAUAGUGAUUGAUUUCUAGAUUGUUAUCAAUCAGGGUUCAUACAGGUCAUGGGAAACUUGGAAAGUGAUGAAAUUUAAGAAUUUCACUUUCCAUGGAAAGUCAUGGAAUUUAAUGGUCGGUCCUGGAAAGUAAUGGGAAAUUAAAGUUUUGGUUGAUAAAUUAGUUAACUGCAGAUGACAAGGCAAGGACAAAUAAGAUAGAGAGAAGUAAUUGAACAGUGCAAAUGGCACACAUUUUAUUGGACACCGCAGUUUGUCCGUUGUAUUGAGUUAGGUCAAAAAAUACCCUAAAACAAGGACAAUUUUUAGAAAUUUCCAAUGUGGCAGCUACAUGUAAACUUAUGGUCAAAGGAAACUUGGAAAGGUCAUGGAAAAAGUCAUGGAAAGUCAUGGAAUUUGGAGAGCUCAAAAGAAUACAAACCCUGUCAAUUACAUGUGUAGUGUAGUACUGAUUAUAACUGGAAAAGACUUGCCGAUACCUAUCUCAAGAGUACAGAAUGUAAGCUGUUGGAAUGGGAACUCUGAGGAGCCCCCCCCCACCCCCUUAUCUCAGGGUCUGGAUGACCGGGACCCUUCCUUCUCUGAGGGUCUGGAUCAGCCACUGCAAUACCCAAAAUAAUUCCCGCUGGAUGUCUUUCAACAAGGAAAUUGGGGACAAUAUCUCACUACUUUUUACACAUUUCUCACUACCUUUCCCAGCUGUAGGUUCAGAAUGUCACCUUUUUUUACCUUUUGGGGGUUGGCAAGUCUGUGAUUGAAUGUAGACAUAUACUGUAUUUUAACAUCAGCCAACUUUCAAAAGAGGAAUUGGGGAUGCUCUCUUUGUUUAUGUAGAGAGUACAAUGUACAUGUGUAUAAAGCUAUUUCCAGAAAGGUUGUCGCAAACAGUGCGCGUGACAAUCCUGAAAGAUAUUGUAGAUAGUUUUCAGUUCACUGCUCUUCAAGGAAAUUUGAAAGAAUGGCAUGAGAGGCCAUGGACGUAUGUUUGCGAGUGCAAAAGGAAAGCAACAAAGGCAGGUUUGGCAGUUACAGUGUCAGGAAUAGUGUAUUGAUCAUAUCCUAUAUUACCUUUCGAGAUUGUAGCGUGCACAUUUUUUCCGACAACCUUUCUUGAAAUAGCUGUAUGUCUUUGUAGCCUGUCUAAUGCAAUUAUAUUAAUGUUUUAGAAACUCUAACCCUAUUUUAUAGACUGGAGAAAACUGCAUGUAAUUAAAUUAUUAUUGAUUCAUUGUUGUAUUGAAGGUGUGAAGAUCCGUAUUGUUCAGUCACCUCCAAGUAAGACAUUUCCAAGCCUGGAUACAAUUGAACUUCAAAAGAAGAAAUUAGCAGAAGUGCGCCUUUUGGACAUGACGCGUCUAGUAGGUAGCGGAAUCAUCCACACAAAGAUGUGGCUGGUUGAUGGUCAGCACUUUUAUGUUGGCAGUGCAAACCAGGACUGGAGGGCACUUACACAAGUAUGUAUGGCUACUCAUAAUAUCAGACUAAUCUGACAGUUGAGUUUUAGGCAAAAUAGACCAAAGAGAUAAGAAAAUAUUGACAAUAAUAAUAACUAAUGAUGUAAAUGUAAUGUAAAUGUAAAUGUAAAUGUCGCGAUUGAGAGGACAAACAUACAUGUCCUUUUUACAUAGCUUUUUUGCAGUGGGCUCGAACAUCAGCAUACUAAGGGCGCCGAUGGCAGCCGCUAUCAGUCCAUUUAUGAGCCCACUGAACCCUCUCAACCCAUGAUGAGUGAUGAUGUAAGUGAUGAGGAUAGACCACGACACCGGGCACUACGUCCCCUACUCUUUUUGAAUAGUGUGUGGGUUCUUUAACGUCCCACAGAGUUAUAUGUGAACAAGGUUUGUGAGACAGGACCUCCGGUUUAUCGUCCUUAUCCGAGAAGACUUGAAAGUCUAAUCAUUUGCAGAUGUCAUUACAAAGACAGCACUUUCUCCUCAGUUAUUUUUAAGACCCUGAGUGUUGGUCCGGCCAGGAUUCGAACUCGCGACCUCCUGCUCAGCAGACCGGCGCUCUCCCAACUGAGCUAACCGGGCGGCGGUUAUCAAUCACACCAUGCAGGGCUUGAAAAAAAUCCUGUCUUUUUAAAGCUGUCUUGUCUAAUGGGCAUUGGUCAAAGCAAGUCAUGUUCUAAUAGAAUUAUUAACUAAGACAAGCAAUAAGUGGCAUCAAGUAAGCAAAAUGUGAACUGUGCAUGCCCAAAGGACAAGAUUGAAUUCAUGGUUUUUUUUAUAGCCCUGGUUAUUUUUUUCCCUCAAGAGCCACUUUCUCCUAAAUAAUUAUGUCUUGACUAAUACUGUAAUGUCAAAGUAAUAAAUAUAUUAGCAACUAAUAAUAAAACAGGUAGCACAUCCACAAAGUGGUUCUUCAUCUACCUGAUUCCUGGUCGAAUUGGAAUUUGUUAGUUGUUGAAGAUUUGGGGAAACCCGAGUACCCAGAGAAAAACCUCUCUCAGCAAUGGAGAGAACCAACAACAAAGUCAACCCACAUAUGGUGUCAAUGCCUGGAUUUGAACCGGGCCACAUUGGUGGGAGGCCAGUGCUAUCACCACUGCAUCACCUUUGCUCCCCGUGGAGUAAGUUGAGAGUGGUGAGUCGACCAAUUCCAAAAAAUUAGCUUCCAGCUCUUUUGAAAACAAAUACCAAGGGUCACGCCCACCAGAAGUGCGGGCUUUUAUCCUAAAAGUUGCUUGCACACAAGUAUAGUGGGCAUUUAUGACCAUUCUGUCUAAAGUAAACCAAGAGCCAGGAUACAUGUACAUGACCAGUCAGUCUGAAGUAAACUAACUCUAAGAGCCAGGAUACAAAUAGACUAUAAUUUAAUAAUACAUGUGUAUGGAUUGACAAAAGAAAGGAUAAUAAAAUACCAAAGGAAAUCAAAUUUAUGCUCAAUUUGAUGCAGGUUCAAGAGCUUGGACUUAUGACAUACAACUGUAGUUGCUUAGCUGAGGAUAUGAGCAAGAUAUUUGAAGUAUACUGGGACCUGGCAUUACCAAAGUCUAAAAUUCCAGAUCCAUGGCCAGACAAGUACAAAACAUCUAUCAAUGCAGGUUAGAACACUGAGUAUAGACAUUGAUUCGAGCAAUAUUCCAGAUCAUUGAGUGUCAACAUGUUUAAGCUGGUGCUUAUCCCCCGCCAGUUUUUUUUUUCAUGAAUUAACUGGCUGGGAAUACCAACGGAACUGUCGAUCGAUUUGAAGAUUUUUUGGUAGAAUAUCCUGUUUGUGUGAUUACUGUGGCUGUUGGGUGUUUAAAGAUGCAUAUUAAUUUCUGCAGUCUUUUUUGUGCCUUGAAUAUAUAGACUGAAGUACUAUAUUUUAAUUUCAGUAAACUGUACAUGUAAUAACGAGUUUUGGCAUCUGUCUCCAGAUUAAGUGUCUGGUUACAUAAACACCCAAGCAUUUUCAAUUUAGGGCUCCUUGUUUUUUUAAACUGGGAGUCAUUUGUUAUGGACAGGGACUCAUGAAUUUUCACAAGAUGAGUCCCAGGACUCACCAUAACUAUUUGUAACAAAAUCACUGACUAACUAAUUGAUUACUUGAUAUGAUUGUAUGUUAAAAGAAAUAACUAAAAAUGUAUCCUAAAUUGAUGCCAGUCCAUUGCAAUCUUAUUCCCGGCCAGUUCACUGUUAGCCAUUUAUACACCAGGGUGCAGGAGUAAUGCCCAAGAACACAACACAUUGACCACAGCAGGGCCUUACCCUCGCAGCCUCCUCUAAUAUUACCAAAGUGAAUUAAACAUUGUUGCUUUAAGGUAUCUGCACAGGCAAAUUUUGCACAUUUUUGCAUCAUUUUUAGUGGUUGUUUUAUGGAUAAUAUCUAUAUGUCACUUCAUUGACAGUAUUCCUCAGUUCUUGAGGAACUAGAAUAUAUCAAAAUAAACUAUGUUAUGUCACCCAAAAGGUGUUAAUUUAAUUACCCCCUAGGGUGACACGGAAAGAGAAAAAUCAAAAUUUCACAAGAAUCCUUAGAGUUAUUGUUAAAAAAGAAAUGUAACACAAAUAAGGACGUAAGAUAGAAUAAUUCUGUGUUUGACUACGACACAGCUCCAAUUAAUCCAGCCUCUAGGGCAGAAUUUGCUAUUUUGUAAUUUGACCCAUAUUUUGACAUCAAUAACUCAGCUGUACGGCAAUUCUAACCUUUAGUCAAACACAGAUCUGUUCAUUAACAUGCUCUUUGUGUAUUUGCCAAAUUUCACAAAGAAAUAAUGAUCCAUUCCUCCAAAAAACUGGUUCCCGUAAGUCAAGGUAAAUCGGUCACGCGGUAAUUAACGCUUUUCCAGUGUGAAAAAGCUUAUUUUCUUCUCAAAAUCAACUGUUUUUCCUCGAUACUACCAUCACAGACCUUCUUGCCCGCCAUUUUGAAUCACCGCUGUGUAAAAUGCUCGUGGAAGCCUAAGAAAAUGCCAAAUGACCUCUCUAUAGCCCCCUUGGAUUUUGAUCCGUGACCAGUUGCUAGGUGUGACGUAUUUCCGGAAGAUCGUUACUCAGUGUCAGCUUUAAUGCAGUGAAGCGACCAAGUAUGAAGAUUGAAGAAGAGUUUUAUUCAAAAUUGAAAAGAAUUACUUCUGUAAAGUGAAAGAAAUUGGCAGAAAAACAGACCAGAGGAUUAGGGGCCAAGAAAACGUUUUACUCUCCCGGCAAAAUUGUCAGAAUAUAUCAUGUGAGAAGACACACCGAUGUAAUGUAAAUUUAAAACAAUAUUAAGCCCUGGAAAACAGAGUAUAUUUCAAGAACAUAACGAAUUUUGACAAGAAGCAAGUAAUAUUAGUCAUCAUAGCUUUAACAGAAGGAAGAAAAAUCAAGUUGGACAUACAGCGGCUGUAGUUUGUCAAUGAAUCCAAGCAGUGAAUAGAUUUUGUUCAGCGCAUCAAUAGAACUUGAUGCUGGAAAGAGGAGUCAAAUUGCGCUCCUGCAGUCCAUUUUCUUAGUAACGGAAAUGACAAUUUUUCUUUAACUUCCGGUAAAUCAGUCAACUUUUGAGUAGAUUUUCUCUUUAAUGCGAAGGUAUAUUCAAAAAAGAACACCAGAUAUGCAUAUUACAUCAUCUGAACUUACUGUAGAAAGAUUUUGAGUGCAAAAUAAAAUGCUGAAAAUUUGCCUGUGCAAAUACCUUAAUUGCUGUUUUGAAUUUCCCACACCUGAUCCACCCCCCCCCCCCCCUGCACCCCCCAAUCAGAUCAGCUGAGGAAGUGAUCUUGGGAGGAAAAUGUUUUCUGAUCUUUUCCUAUUAAAUUGUUUCACCACCAAAUCACCAAAUGUUUUCUUCUUUUGGUAUAUAUAAGGACUGACUGAUAUUUUUCUCUAUAAUUUACACCCCCACCUUAAUCUAGGCAAGUGGGAUUUUGAUGCUUUUACCUAGUCUGUUUUUAUUAUCAUAACAUUUAUUUCUGGUAUUAUCAUUUUUUAAGAUUCUCCUGCUCAAAUCAAAAUCAAUGGUUCAAAUGCAGCUGGAAUUUAUUUAGCAUCAGCUCCAAAGCAACUGUGUCCUCCAGACAGAGCUGACGAUUUAUCAACCAUCCUGAGAAUUAUUGACAGUGCAAAACAGUUUGUGUAUGUGUCUGUGAUGGACUAUUUUCCAACCACCUUAUACACAGAGAACAGAACGUAAGUAAUAAAUAUUAUUAUACAUUGUACUCAUUAUCUGUCUCCUCAUUGGUUAAGAGCCAACAGAUAAUUUUGGAAAUCAGUGCAACUUGCAGAUUAGUUCUAAAGUUAUCUGUUAGCGGAUAACUAACUAUUAAAUCUAUAGGUUGCGCGUACAAUGCAUGAUUUCCAAGAACAACAUUCGGUUCAUUGCGACAAUUUGUUUGUCAUUAUUUUCUUCAAAACAAUGCAUAUUAAAACAAUAAUGUUAGAUUUGGUUUUUGUUCUAAUAAUCCUAAAUAAUUAAGGUCUGGGUAAUUGUUAUCAGCCUCGGCCUUUGGCUCAGCUGAUUACACAAUAACUCGACCUACAUAAAUGCUAGAUUGACUUAUUUGCUUUAUCUAUUCAUACUUAAUAAAUUAUGUAGAUCAUAUUUUAUUUGCUUUAUUAUAUUAUCUUUUUUGUUUUUCUGAAUUAGCAUUUAUUCGUCGUAUCCACUUUAGGAAUCCUUUAUAUCUUCCCAUCUAUUACUUUAUUAUUACUUCAUGUACUUUUGCCCUUUUUAAAUUAAUUAUUUGUUUCUGUAAGUCUGUAAAUUUGUUUAAGCUAUGGAGAAAUCAAUAAAAUAUACUACUAAAAAUACAACUUGAUCAUUUCAGACGUCACAAAAACCUCAUCCAAUAAAUUAUUGUUUAAUGAUAAACUACCAUUAGUAGUACUAAUCUUCAAAGUGCUGCUUGGUAAACACCUUGGUGAUAGUACUGGGAAACCAUUGUUAUGUUUACACAAAUUACAUCUAUUUCGAGAAAGGUUGUCAGAAAAAGUGCAUGCAACAAUCCCGAAAGGUAUUGUGGGUGGUUUGAGUUCAUUGUUCUUCAAAGAAAUUUGAAAGAACAGCACAAGAGGCCAUGGAUGUACAUGUAUGUUUGUAAAUGCUAAUGGCAAGCAACAAAAGUAGGUUUGACAGCUACAGUACAUCAGGAACAGUGUAUUGAUCAUAUGCCAUGUUACCUUUCGGGAUUGUCGUGUGCAUAUUUUUCCGACAAUCUUUCUCGAAAUAGGUGUAUGUUGCCAGUCAACUUGCCAAAAAUCAACUAGCCCAAAGUCGUAACACACAGCCUUGAGUUACAUCACCUGAAAUUUGCACUUCAUUAGGCCUGUGACUUCAAGUAGUAGCCUUGUAGUAUUUGUUUUUUAAAAUGGAAAGGGGUUACACAAAGUUUGGAAAGCUGACGACUGUAUAGCCAUUUAUAUAUGGGGUAAUGCUAAUUUUGGGCAAACAAAAUGUUUUGAAGCGGUGUAAAGGCAGCAAGUCACUUGAUGCACAAAUGCCACAGGUUUAAAAUUUAAUAUGUUACUAAUAUUCAUUAAUCCAAGAAUUAUUCUUGUUGUCUGUAAUUAAGAUGUGACACUAUACAAUAUUACAUGUACAAUGUACAUGAAACUUCACAUAACACUGAUUUAAAAUAAAGGUAUAUUACCAUAUUACAAAAGGACUUUAAAAAUAUUCUUGACUUACCUUCAAAAUGAUUUCAUCCUCGGACUCAAAAUUGCCAGGGAAUCACCUUAACAGCAUGAUAAACAGCACCAUGUACAGAAACUUACUGCCGGUAGCUUUCAUAAGACGAAUAUCACACCAUAAGAUUUUAUCCAGGCUCAAUACGGAACCACCUUGUACUGGAAAAUAAACAACACCGACGGAAAGAAUAUUGCUCAGUAUCUUUCAUAUGAGAAUUCAUAUUCACACACUCAAAAGCUACAACUACCUUGGACAGUAUAAUAAACGGCAACACUUUAGGAGUUGAAUUAUUCACAGACUCCGACGUUAGAACCACCUAAUACAGCAUAAUAAACAGCACCUCAGAAUUUACUGCUCAUUAGCUUUGUCUUGAAUGGUCACGCUUUAGGAUUUCAUCCGCAGACGUUUUUGUACAGUACGAUAGUCUUAAACGCUUACUCCGUACAAUAGUCAGAGUCAAAACUUACGGUGGUUUAAAUUUCCUUUACCUUCUUCCAGGUACUGGCCAGUCAUAGAUGAUGCUUUGCGACGAGCAGCAUUUGACCGUAAAGUGAAAGUACGACUUUUAGCCAGUUUAUGGAACCACACUCGCCCUGAUAUGAAGUACUACCUACAAUCGCUCGCCGCUCUCAAUGGUGCUAAUGAUGCAUCAGUUCAAGUGGUACGUCAUUUAAUACAACCACCUCGGCGGGUACUAUUCAAAUGAACCAAUCACGUCUCAAGAAAGGGCGGGAAAUGGCGUUCAGAAAUAAUACACCAAAAAAAAAAGCCAUGAUUGGAUUUGCUUUUACAUUUAAUAGGUUAAAGUAGCUCGACCAAGUAUUUUUGUAGGUACACCUUCCAUCUUGGAAUCUCUAAGACUUAAACAAAUUUAUCUUUAUUGCAAAACCAUUACAACACAUGUAUUACACAUAGACUUAACUUUAUUAUGAUAUUAUUUUUUGGGCGAUCGGAAUAAAAAUCAAGUGACAAUGACGUCACAAUAGUGUUAGCUCUAAAUUGAAUUGCAGCCCUUAUCGGCAUUUUCUUUAGAAAUGCUUGACGCUGCCUGUACUUUGGGUGCUUGUCUUCUGUUGUGCGAAGUUUCACAAGAAUCUAUGAGAGGAAUUCGGGAUAUCUUGGAAUUUCUACAAAAAGGACAUAAAUUAUGCAUAAACUGAAGACUGGACUUAAUGCAGACAAAUGUGCUACUUUUUGGAUGUUUCCCAAAAGUUUUUUCACCCAUUCGUUUUGUAAAUGCCCCCAUACACUCUAUAACCGGCUAAACACAAGUAGACUUGCGCGAUUUCGAAAAACAUGAAAACAUGUGAAUCCGGGUAAAACGCAAUGCUUAUUCGUGGAUAGAUUUUCUUUAAAAAAUUUCAGUGCCGCAAUUGAUCAGUGUACUAUAAAAUCCCCGAAAUUCGUGUCCACGGAAAACAUUUGAAGUUGUCUAACGUAGGUGCAAAGUUGAUUUGAUUCAAGAUCUUCGGAAACUUUCCGAGGAAGGAUCGAAGAUCUUUGGAAACCUUUUGUCAGAUGAACAGUUGGUGACAUAAAAUUACACCCAACAACCAAAAGGCGCUAGAGUCUUAGUAGCGUCAAACAUUACGUUUGCCUUUAGACCAAGCGUUAAAACUUUUUUUAAGAGUGAUUGUUUUUCUUUUCUUUCUUCCAUUUUGCGGUAAACUGAGUGACGGGCGACUCAAACGUGCGACUUGUUUUUUCAACGUUGCUCGCAUUUUACCAUCCACGAAUCAAACCAGUCACGCAACUAAUCAGGUUGUUGCAAGUUGCGUGAAUGCUGACUUCUGAUUGGAUAAAAUUACGCGGGAGUCACGCCAUACAUGGGAUUGACGUUACUUGCUGCAAACCAAGUUUGCCUUGGGCCGGUAAAACGUGCAACAUAUAUAGAAUUUGUUGCAAAAAGUAGAACUACUCUCUACUUUCUGCAACAAAUUUUCGCAAUCUGCAUCAACCUGAAUUGUUAGAAGACAAGUUUGAAACAUCGCUAUUCAACUCCUUUUGCAGCAAUUUUGCAAAACGUGUUGCAUGUUUCUGUUGCCUGCCCGUUUUUCUGUACCUUAAGAUAUAAUUGUUUUUAAUAAUAAUUUAAAAUUAACUACGAUCUGCAAUCCGCGUUAAUGUCGUAAUUUGUCUUGUUCUAACAAAUGUUUCCCGAGGCGAACCGUGCACUGUUACCCACUGACGUCAUAGACUUUUGCAAUGUUCCCCGCUCAGAGAUUUUGGCGGGAAAGGGUUUCAUUGUUAGAUGUCAUGUGAUCUCGAAGUAAUCAAUGAGAGUGCGCGCUGUUGGGAAGAAAUUUCCAGCUACAAAACAACAGUAUUGGUUAAAGCGGUUUGCAGUUUAUUAACCUUUACUCAUUUUGACCACCUUGUUUUACAGAAGUUCUACAAAGUUCCACCCUUCAGCAAGGAAAUCCCAUAUACACGUGUCAACCACAACAAGUUUAUGGUCACAGAUUCUGUAGCCUACGUUGGCACAUCUAACUGGUCAGCGGAUUACUUUACAGGCACAGCUGGUAUUGGUUAUGUCAUCAACGAAACCGAGACUGGAAAUACUGUACGAGCGCAGUUACAAGCAGUGUUUGAGAGAAACUGGGACUCGAAUUUUACUAUAUCAGUGAACUGUAACCAGUGAGACCAUAUACGUUACAAUGGCGAUAACCAAUACGCUCUUGUGAUAAAUGAAGGGCUUCGCAUUUUGCUACUUCGCAUGCGUUAUGCCCCUCUCAAGAACGUCAUAGAUCUUUGGAUUUCUGAAGGAUUUUAAGCUCUAACAGAAAAGUAGUUUUGUAUGGCUUACGAGGAUGUGGCGAAAAUAGUCCUUAUUGAAUUUAAAAUAACUACCAAUCACCAAUUAGUUUUCAGGGAUAAGUAAGUUUUUCUCAGACUUUCAAAGUCA